AUGAAGCAUGACUGGAGAUGGGAGCUCGGUGCUCCUCGUUCUCCUUUAGUAUCUAAAUAUAAAGUAGAUCAGCUAAUUGCCAAUAUAGACGUUAAUUAUGAUACCGGUUUCGGCGAGGCUGGACCAAUCUGCGAUAUUGCUCUUGACGAAGUUGAAGUUAAAUAUCUUCUGUCGGGCGGCUUCGGAGGAGAACUCGAUAUAUAUAAUCUAGAAGAUGUUUUGAUUAAUAAAGAAAAAGUUCGUUAUAAGAGAAUAACUACGAUAAAAAAUCAAAAGAACCCUAGUGCUAUUCACAGCUCUUCCUUUAUUUGCGUCCAGUGGUAUCCCGUAGAUACAGGUCUCUUCAUUACGACAUCUGUUGACAAGUGUCUUAAAAUAUGGGACACUAAUAGAGAGCAAGUAAGUUAUCUGCUUUAUCUAGUUCUUUCAUUGUCAUUAGCUAUAUGUAAAAUGGACCAGGACACUAUUUUUUUCCCACUUGAUGAUCCAAACAACUGUAAAUGCUUCCACUAUAUCCACUCUAAACGAAUGUUUUUUGUUUGA